CACACACACACACACUCUCUCUCUCUGUGGUACCCGCGGGGGCGGGGCUCCGCCCACCACCACCGUCACCUGACGCCCCGCCCUUCGCGUGCUCUGUGACGUCAUCGGGGCCAAGGCGGAAGUGAGAGAAGGAAACAGACUGACCGAGAGCGGCGGCAGCGGCUCGCUCUGUGUGUGCGUACCUGACUCCAGCGUUUCCUGCCUCCUCCAGCCGCCACCCCCUGUAACGAGCCUGCUUUCUCCCCUGGGCCGCCCCUUGUCCCGCUCAGCAUGGACCUGCUGUUCGGGCGCCGGAAGACGCCGGAGGAGAUGCUGCGGCAGAACCAGCGGGCCCUGAACCGGGCCAUGCGGGACAUGGACCGUGAGCGGCAGAAGCUGGAGACCCAGGAGAAGAAGAUCAUCGCCGACAUCAAGAAGAUGGCGAAGCAGGGGCAGAUGGAUGCGGUGAAGAUCAUGGCCAAGGACCUGGUGCGAACCCGGCGCUACGUCAAGAAAUUCAUCAUGAUGCGAGCGAACAUCCAGGCCGUGUCACUCAAGAUCCAGACCCUCAAGUCCAACAACUCCAUGGCCCAGGCCAUGAAGGGCGUCACCAAGGCCAUGGCCACCAUGAACAGACAGCUGAAGCUGCCCCAGAUCCAGAAGAUCAUGAUGGAGUUUGAGAAGCAGUCGGAGAUCAUGGACAUGAAGGAGGAGAUGAUGAAUGACGCCAUCGAUGACGCCAUGGGGGACGAGGAUGACGAGGAGGAGAGCGAUGCUGUGGUGUCCCAAGUGCUGGAUGAGCUGGGCCUGACCCUGACGGAUGAGCUCUCCAACCUGCCCUCGACUGGGGCCUCGCUCAGCGUCACGGCCGGGAAGAAGGCCGAGCCCUCCGCGGCGCUGGCGGAUGCCGACGCCGACCUGGAGGAGCGGCUGAAGAACUUGCGCCGGGACUGAGGGGCUGGGGCUGCCCCCCUCCCUCCCCACACUGUGCUCCCCCAGGCACCCCACCCACUGCUGGCCUCUGCUCUCAACACUCCAGGGGCUGCGACUGCUGCCUCUGCCCUUCUCUGGGUACUUCCCCUCCCCCCACCCCUCUGCCUAUGUGGGGGGCUAGGUGGUGGGGUGGAGGGUCCCAGUUUGGGAGGGCAAGUCCCCACCCCAAGUUAAUGGGGGGGGUUGGCUAUGGGGCUGCUGCGGCUGUCCGGGGGGCAGGGGAAUCAUUUCUGUGGGUGGGGGCUCUUAACCCUUUAGCUUCCAGCUCAAGUACACUACAGGUGGGGGUGUCUUUUCUGCAAUGGCCGUCACCCCCCAGGAGCUGCCAGCUCAGGCUGGAUUCAUCCCCCCCACAGAGAGGGGGAGGCUGGCUCUGGGGAGAAGCAGAUUGGAAGAUGCACCAGCCCAGGGAUAUAUGUGUGUGUGUGUGUGUGUCUGUGCUGGUGCGGGGGCUGGGCUUAUAGGAUGGGGGCAGCUGGGCGCACUCACUAAAGCCUGGAUCUGGGGGGCACAGGUUGGGAGCCCCCCUUCCUCUCCUCCUGGCACAGAACUCUCCAUCCUGUGCACAGGGACGGGGGGCGGGGCUGCGCUCAGGCCCUCCUGCCUCCAUCUGCUGGCUGGCUGGGGGAGGGGCUGUAAUAAAGACUGUAGAUUUGUA